UUGAUUGUAUACACCUGUGUCCAUGGAGGGGAUUGGAACACCUGAAUCACAUGAUAUGGAGGGGAUUGGAACACCUGAAUCACAUGAUAUGGAGGGGAUUGGAACACCUGAAUCACAUGAUUGGGAGGGGAUUGGAACACCUGAAUCACAUGAUAUGGAGGGGAUUGGAACACCCGAAUCACAUGAUUGGGAGGGGAUUGGAACACCUGAAUCACAUGAUUUGGAGGGGAUUGGAACACCUGAAUCACAUGAUAUGGAGGGGAUUGGAACACCUGAAUCACAUGAUAUGGAGGGGAUUGGAACGCCUGAAUCACAUGAUUGGGAGGGGAUUGGAACACCUGAAUCACAUGAUAUGGAGGGGGUUGGAACACCCGAAUCACAUGAUAUGGAGGGGAUUGGAGCACCUGAAUCACAUGAUGUGGAGGGGAUUGGGACACCUGAAUCACAUGAUGUGGAGGGGAUUGGGACCCCUGAAUCACAUGAUACGGAGGGGAUUGGAACACCUGAAUCACAUGAUACGGAGGGGAUUGGAACACCUGAAUCACAUGAUACGGAGGGGAUUGGAGCACCUGAAUCACAUGAUGUGGAGGGG